AUGGAGUUUGAUGGUUAUAACAAAGUUCGUCAUUUGACAUUAAUGUUUGCACCCGAAGGUCCACUAAUUCCAAGUUCCUUGUGCAAUUGCAAGAAUUUACGGACUCUUGCAACUUUUGAUUCAAAGAUUACUAAUUUUGGUCGAGAGUUAAUUUCACAAGUAAAAUGCCUUAGAACGUUGAAUUUGAGUCGUAACUCCUUGAAAGAAGUUCCAAAUGAGGUUGGAGAAUUGGCACAUUUGAGGUACCUUGAUUUGUCUGAUAAUGUACAUUUGAUGAAAUUGCCAGACACCAUGUGUAAUUUAAUCAAUUUGCAAACCCUGAGACUCAUUUGGUGCACUAAUCUUGAAAGAUUACCUGAAGGCAUGGGAAAGCUGAUUAACUUGCAGCAUCUUCAUGUCAAGUAUUGUCCUAGUCUAAAGUUGCCCAAGGGGAUUGCAAGGUUAACAAGUCUACGAAGGCUAGAUGAAGUUUACAUCCGUGGCAAUGAUGACGUUGAUAACAACAAAGAAGCAUUAUUCGAGUUAAGUGAUUUGAGAAACAUGGACCAGCUUCGUGGGAGUUUCCGAAUAGAAUUUCUGGAGGAUCUCAAGGACGCGAGGCAGGCCGAGCAAGCGCAUUUGGUGAACAAAAAUUGCCUUGUCAGUCUGGAAUUCGAGUUCCCCCUAGCUGAGGAAACAGAGCAGCACAUCGAGGAAGAAACAGUGAAUGCCUUACAACCACAUCCAAAUCUGGAAUCCUUAUCUAUCAAAUUCUACAGUGGCACCAGACUUCGGCCCCAUUGGAUGACGUCGUUAAACAAAUUGAGAAGCCUUACCCUUAAAUAUUGCAAGUUUGUUGAGUUUGUGCCUCCUUUGGGGAGAUUGGAGUCCCUUGAAGUACUAAUCAUAGUCAAUUGGGAAAGACUGAAAAAGGUAGGAGUUGAGUUUUUGGGAAUAGAUGGAACAAUAGAAACGCAAACAUCCUCAUCACCACUUAUUUUAUUCCCAAGUUUGAAAAGACUUGAAUUCAAUGAUAUGCCCAUGUGGGAAGAGUGGGAAGGAAUGACAGGGUGGAGUGAAGAAGAGGAUUCUCAUAAGACAAUUACAAUAAUGCCCUCCCUUUCUUCCUUACUAAUUUAUAAUUGCGGAGUACUAAGAACGCUGCCCAACUUCUUACGAAAUACACCACUGAAGGAGUUGGUCAUCGAUGAGGGCUUUCACUAUCCAAAAUCACCAGUUGCACAAGGUUGCCAAAAAGGCAGAGGAGAGUGGCCCAAGAUUUCUCACAUCCCAAACAUCAAAGUUGGUUACGAAUUUGUACAAAAAGACGGAGUUUACCAAAUUGAUGAUGAUGAGAUGCCAAGUGCUGCUUCCACAUCUUCUUCUGGUAAUGUCUAUUAA